AUGAUGCUUUGUCCUCCCAGCGUUGCUACAGACAGCCAGGUUGGAUAUUUCCCCAACGAAGGCAAAGUCUACAAGAUCCCAUUCUAUAUGCCCAUUGCUCCCAAUAUACCCGCAAGUGCCGCCACAGACUUGGGCAAUAUUUACCACAACAAGGGUAACGUCCUUAGAACCAGUCAAGAGAUCAGUUUCAUUCGGCAGCAGCUGAUCCCCGACUGUAUUACCGAUAUUCAGCAAAUUCGUAACUAUCCCAACGCGGCUGUUGAGGCCCAGAUCAACCUCACCCAGCAGAUCGACUCAAUGGAGGAUUCAGAGAUCUGCCUCGAUGCAAAAAUACUCCUCUGA